AGCAUUUCCAGUCAACAAAACAUACUGGUUUCUCAUAUAGCGAGUGACACGCAUAAACAUACAGAUACGUUGAGCCGUGAGAGUAUAAUCUGGAAAUGGCAAGCCCAAGAGCGUUAGGGACUGCUUUCCUGAUCUUGCUUAUUGCAGACAUCGCCUUCGCUGCUAGGACACUGCAGUCAAUUAGUGGAGGCGGAGGUGGAGGGCAGGGAGGAGGUGGUGGUGGUGGAUCUGGAUCAGGACUUGGGUCAGGUUAUGGUUCUGGGUCUGGAUCCGGGAGCGGUGAAGGAUAUGGUGCUGGUGGUCGUGGAGGAGGCGGGGGCGGGGGAAGUGGCGGAGGCGGAGGUGGUGGCAGCGGCGGAGGCAACGGGUCAGGUUCUGGCUAUGGGUCUGGUAGCGGCUCAGGCUAUGGUUCUGGUAGUGGGAUAGGUGGCGGCAAAGACAUCGCCUUUGCUGCUAGGACACUGCAGUCAAUUAGUGGAGGUGGAGGUGGAGGGCAGGGAGGAGGUGGUGGUGGUGGCUCUGGAUCAGGACUUGGGUCAGGUUACGGUUCUGGGUCUGGAUCCGGGAGCGGUGAAGGAUAUGGUGCUGGUGGUCGUGGAGGAGGCGGGGGCGGGGGCAGUGGCGGGGGCGGAGGUGGUGGCAGCGGCGGAGGCAACGGGUCAGGUUCUGGCUAUGGGUCUGGUAGCGGCUCAGGCUAUGGUUCUGGUAGUGGGAUAGGUGGUGGAAAAGGUGGCGGCGGCGGUGGCGGCAGUGGCGGCGGCGGCGGCGGCGGUGGAGGUCAAGGCUCUGGAUCAGGAAGUGGGUCAGGCUAUGGAAGUGGAAGUGGAAGUGGAAGCGGAAGCGGCGGUGGCAAGGGUGGGAAAGGAAGUGGAGGAGGAGGAGGAGGUGGUGGGGGUGGGGGAGGAGGAUCUGGCUCAGGCUCAGGCUCAGGUUAUGGAAGCGGGUCUGGUUAUGGCUCUGGAUAUGGAGGAGGGAAAGGUAAUUAA